AUGAAGAGCAUAGUCCUGUGUGAAUUGGGGAGGAUUGGUCGCCGAAAUAUUAACUGGAGACUGAAUCUUAAUAUACCUCAGAACAAUAUAUUUUUGUUACCACGAGAUAUAUUAGCAGCUGCCGAUCAUUUGAUUGGGAUGAAAUUUGGAAUGGGUACACUUGAUGAUAUGAAUCAUUUGAAAAAUAAACGUAUUCGCUCUGUAGCGGAUCUUUUACAAGACCAGCUCGGGUUGGCUCUGGCUCGUUUAGAAAAUGUAGUUAAGGGAACUAUAGGCGGAGCAAUUAGGCAUAAAUUGAUACCUACUCCUCAGAAUUUGGUAACUUCAACUCCGUUAACAACUACUUAUGAAUCCUUUUUCGGAUUACAUCCAUUAUCUCAAGUUUUGGAUCGAACUAAUCCAUUGACACAAAUCGUUCAUGGGAGAAAGUUGAGUUAUUUGGGCCCUGGCGGAUUAACAGGGCGAACUGCUAAUUUUCGAAUACGAGAUAUCCAUCCUAGUCACUAUGGGCGUAUUUGCCCCAUUGACACGUCUGAAGGAAUCAAUGUGGGACUUAUUGGAUCUUUAUCAAUUCAUGCCAGGAUUGGUGAUUGGGGGUCAUUAGAAAGUCCGUUUUAUGAACUCGUUGAGAAAUCAAAAAAGGCGCGGAUACGGAUGCUUUUUUUAUCACCAAGUCAAGAUGAAUAUUAUAUGAUAGCGGCAGGAAAUUCUUUGGCUCUUAAUCGGGGCAUUCAAGAAGAACAGGCUGUACCAGCUCGAUACCGCCAAGAAUUUUUGACUAUCGCAUGGGAAGAGGUUCAUCUUCGAAGCAUUUUUCCUUUCCAAUAUUUUUCCAUUGGAGCUUCCCUAAUUCCUUUUAUCGAACAUAAUGAUGCGAAUCGAGCUUUAAUGAGUUCUAAUAUGCAACGUCAAGCAGUUCCACUUUCUCGGUCCGAAAAGUGCAUUGUUGGAACUGGAUUGGAACGCCAAGUGGCUUUAGAUUCGGGGGUUCCCGCUAUAGCCGAACACGAGGGAAAAAUCCUUUAUACUGACACUGAGAAGAUAAUUUUAUCGGGAAAUAAGAAUACUUUAAGUAUUCCAUUAAUUAUGUAUCAACGCUCAAACAAAAAUACUUGUAUGCAUCAAAAACCUCAGGUUUGCCGGGGUAAAUGCAUUAAAAAGGGACAAAUUUUAGCGGAUGGUGCUGCUACAGUUGGUGGGGAACUCGCUUUGGGGAAAAAUAUAUUAGUGGCUUAUAUGCCAUGGGAAGGAUACAAUUUUGAAGAUGCAGUACUCAUUAGUGAGUGUCUAGUAUAUGGUGAUAUUUAUACUUCUUUCCACAUACGGAAAUAUGAAAUUCAGACGCAUGUGACAACCCAAGGUCCUGAAAGGAUCACUAAGGAAAUACCGCAUCUAGAGGGCCGUUUACUCCGAAAUUUAGACAAAAAUGGAAUUGUGAUGCUAGGAUCGUGGGUUGAAACGGGCGAUAUUUUAGUAGGUAAAUUAACGCCUCAGGUGGCGAAAGAAUCCUCGUAUGCUCCGGAAGAUAGAUUAUUACGGGCCAUACUUGGCAUUCAGGUAUCGACUUCAAAAGAAACUUGUUUAAAAUUGCCUAUAGGUGGUAAAGGUCGAGUUAUUGAUGUGAGAUGGGUUCAGAAAAAGGGGGGGUCAAGUUAUAACCCCGAAAUAAUUCGUGUAUAUAUUUCACAGAAACGUGAAAUCAAAGUAGGUGAUAAAGUAGCCGGAAGACAUGGAAAUAAAGGUAUCAUUUCAAAAAUUUUGCCUAGACAGGAUAUGCCUUAUUUGCAAGACGGGAGACCCGUGGAUAUGGUCUUCAACCCAUUAGGAGUACCCUCACGCAUGAAUGUAGGACAGAUAUUUGAAUGCUCGCUUGGGUUAGCAGGAAGUUUGCUAGAUAGACAUUAUCGAAUAGCCCCUUUUGAUGAGAGAUAUGAACAAGAGGCUUCGAGAAAACUCGUAUUUUCUGAAUUAUAUGAAGCCAGUAAGCAAACAGCCAAUCCAUGGGUAUUUGAACCCGAGUAUCCAGGAAAAAGCCGCAUUUUUGAUGGAAGAACGGGAGAUCCUUUCGAACAGCCUGUGAUAAUAGGAAAGCCCUAUAUCUUGAAAUUAAUUCAUCAGGUUGAUGAUAAAAUACACGGACGUUCUAGUGGACAUUAUGCACUUGUUACACAACAACCCCUUAGAGGCCGUUCUAAGCAUGCGUCCCAACGAAUACCAACAAGUGGAGUUAAUGCUAUAUCUCAUCCUUUCCUUAGUAGGGUUUCUCCUAAACAAAAUACCGAUUCAAGCCCCUUUACUAGGUUGGGCAAGCUUGGAUGCCCUUACUCCCAACAAGUUGCUGGUCGGGAUCGUGAAACUCUCGCUCGAAAA